UGUGCGCGCAACAAUAUAUCUUUCUACGUCAAUAUGAUGUUAGGACAACUUAACAGUUGGUGUACGUAUUAAAGAAAGUAUUGGAACAUUGAUAAGAGAGACGUUGAACGGAUGAUAGUAUUGCUAGCGUGUGGCAAAACUAUAUUUGUGUAUCUGCAUAUUGUUGUUGCACAUAUAUGACAAGUUUCACUUUACUUUCGCGUUUAAAUUAUUUGACACACACUUGUUUCUGCAUUAUUCGCGUUCGAACUCAAGUCUCGUAUUGGAUGGUACGGUCAGACAAGAUCUUAUUCUUUUUAUGUUUGUGAGACGGUUCGCCUUGGCCCACAACAGGAGUGACAUCGGAUGCUCUUUACACGGCAAGGACUGUCGAAGACACCGAGCUAUCCCCAUUUGAAUGCCUUUGCAAGGAUUUAGCUGGUUUCUGUGCUGCAGGCAGGGGUUCAGUUUGCUUGGACGGGACUAUGGGGAGAAAGAGGAGGAAGAAUCUUUUGAGUUGCGCUCCAAGGACGAGACGACAUGCAACGGGAGGGGCCCGCUGGAGGUGACUCUCUCUCAGCCUGCACGUACUGCCAAUGGACCAAGCAGCCUUUCAGAGGUCCCAGAGGAGAUGAGGAGUCUCAUCAUCGAGAAGAGCAAAAUGGGCCUGGAGGAAGACCCAGAGCAGGUUGUCAAAGGUUGGCUGUACCGGGAGGUGCGAGGGGGCUGGAUCCGCCAGCGGCGGCACUGGUUUGUCCUGACCCAUGACUCCCUCGACUACUACAGCAGCCAGGAGAAGAAUGCCCGCAGGCUCGGCACCCUGGUGCUCACCAGCCUAUGCUCCGUCAUCUGGCCCGACAAGCAGACCUAUAAGGAGACGGGUUACUGGAGCAUCACAGUGUACGGCCGCAAGCACUGCUACAGGCUGUACACCAAGCAUUUCAACGAGGCCGUGCACUGGGCCUGCGCCAUCCAAAAGGUCAUCGACAGCAAGGCCCCAGUGGAGACCCCCACGCAGCUGCUGAUCCGAGACAUUGAGGAGAACAAGUUUAACCCGGAGGUGGUGGAACAGAUUUACCAGCACAACCCCAUCCUGAAGUACACGCAGAGCCCCCUCUAUGCCCCCCUGCUGCCUUUCCCCUAUGGCAGCCUGGACCACACCUACCACAAUGGAAAGGGCUACACCACUCUGCGGGACGAGGCAGUGAAGGUGUUCAACUCGCUGCAGCAGCUAGAGGCGGCGCGGGACCCCGUGCCCCUGAUCCAGGGCGUGCUGCAGACAUGCCUUGACUUGCCCCUGCUGCGGGACGAGGUCUACUGCCAGCUGGUGAAGCAAACCAGCGGUACGCCCACCCCCAACACGCCCGCACACCUCCGCUACUGGCAGCUGCUCACCUGCAUGAGCUGCACCUUCCUCCCCGGGACGGCCGUACUCAAGUACCUGCGCUUCCACCUCAAGAGAGUGCAGAGCCUGUGUCCUGACACUGAGAUGGACAACUACGCGUCCUUCAUCUCAGAGGCGCUGGAGAAGACACGCUGCCGGGAGUGCGUGCCUUCCUGGGAGGAGAUCCAGGUGCUGAUGAGCCGACAGGAGAUGCUGUGCAUGGUGCACUACCCCGGGCCGGGUUCCUGCCAGCUCCCCAUCAGCUCCCACACCACAGCUGACGAGUUGGUGAAGAAGAUGCUGGAGCAAUUGGGGCUGCGGGACAGCCGAAAUAUCUUUGCUCUUUUUGAGCAGAGUGCGCACCGGGAGAGGCCCAUAGGUGGCAGCACCAUCAUCGCUGACAUCCUGACCAGGUUUGAAAACCUGGCCACCAGAGAGCCCGAAUCAGACACUCAGUGGAGACUCUGCUUCAAGCUCUACUGCUUCCUGGACACAGAAAGCAUUCCCUCUGACAACAUUGAGUACACCUUCCUCUUUGAGCAGUGUCAUGAGAUGAUGGUGCGGGGUCAGCUCCCUGUCUCAGAGGAGGACCUGCAGGCCCUGGCUGCCCUAAGACUGCAGUCUCUGAUUGGGGACUUCAGCACCCACUCCCCCUGCCCGCCCCUGGAUGAGCUCUUCCCUAGCCACGUGGUGGAGGCGCGGGUCCUGCUUGCACUCAAGAACCCCCAGCCCCCUCCCGCCACCAUCCCCGCCCCCCAAGCCCUGUCCAAUGGUUGCCCACAGCGAUUCCCCAAUGGCCUACUCACAGGAGCACUGUGGAGCCACACGGCCGCGCACAAGCAGAAGGUGGAGCAGGACCUGCGUCUGCGGGGCCGGCUGAAAGAGGAAGGGGCGGUGGUGAUGGGGGCCAUUGUAGAGCGCUGGAAGGGCCUGGCAGGGCGCAGUCGGCAGGAGAGCAUGGCUGCAUACCUCACCAUCGCCCGGGAGUGGUCUGGCUUUGGCUGCACGCUGUACGAGGUGGACUUCUACAUCAGCUCCACUGGCAGUUUCUCUCAGAAGUUGUGGCUGGGAGUGGCAGCAAAGUCAGUGUCAUUGUACAGACAGGGCGAAGCAGAGGCCCUGGAGUCUUUCCCCUAUGGACAGAUUUGCUCCUAUGGAGUAUCUGACAGUAACAUCUUCAAGAUCACGGCUGGUGAACGGGAUCUACUCUUUGAGACCAGCAAGCUGACUGAGAUCAUGCAGCUGAUGAACGCUUACUUCAGCGCGGCAUGCCAGCAGCAGGGGCAGGGGGAUGGGACAGAGACAGAGGGCAGCGUCUGCCCCACCCCCACUGUCCUCGAAGUUCCCUCAGACCUGGUGUGAAGAGCCCCCUCUAUGACCCACAAUGCCGAGACUUUCCAGACCUGUUUUUUGUCUGUGGUGACAAGAAAGAGACAAACAACAUGGGGCAUUUGUAUUUUUCGUCCAGCUAUGCACUUCGAACAGCUGUCAAACUUGAAGGAAUGGGGGGGGGGGGUUCUCACCUGGGUUCACAUCAAAGUAGUGCUUUUUACAAAGCACAACUUCCCAACCCCCCCCCCAAAAAAAGAAAAAACUACAUUCUGAAACAAAACUCUUCAUUCGUUGCCUUGGACUCCAGCAGAGCUUCUGGAGCUGUUGAUGCAACAAAUCCUGUGAACUUGGAGGAUUUCAGCGCAUAUACUGGCGUGAACUCAGUCCUCACUUUCAUUGAGACAUGGCUUUCUCCUCUGAAACACCUAUGGUGUGAACUGAUGAGUUGAGUGGGUGAGUGGGGGGAAAAACAUUUAUGUCCAUCAGCAGGGGUAAAGUGAAGGUGUAACAAAAAAAAAAUCAGUCAGCCAAGAUGGCCCAGGACUAACACCUCUGAGUGGAAUGGUCUGUCUCUGAAACACUUUCCUCCUUUGUCUUGUUUGAAAGCCCAGAAUUCCCGUCAUGGUGCUGCUCGUUCGAGGUCUGGUAAAGCUGAAAAAAAAACACAUCAACACUUUGGCUAACACUUAGUAAUGGUCUGUUUUGCAUCCUGAACACCAGAUGUAUUCUUUAAAGUAUGUGCCAAUGACUGCAACAGAGAGACAGCGUAAAGCUCUAAUCCCACAUCUCUCCAGUCCAUCUAACAAAGUGUAUUAGUUCCACCAUCUCCUGUCUGCUGCCACUUAAAAUUACUGUGCAACUUACAUAAGCUCUUACAAGAGCUGAUUGGAAUGACUGCAGUUACAGACCUCUGCUUGUGGAGGCUGGAUACUGUGUCUGAACAAACACACAUUUGGUUGUUUUAAUUGGAAUACUGUUUUGGACCCAGACAAAUGCCAUACUGACCACUUGAAUAACUCCAAACAAAAUUUGAACACACCUCCCCACAAUUACUUCUUCUGCUGGACUUCUGUAUGUUCUUUUUUGUUAUUUUUAUUAUUUAUGAAUACAAUGCUGUUGUGUGACGUAGCAAGUUAAAUGUUGUAUU